AUGGACGGUGAUGUUACAGUAGGCGACGAUUCGACAAAACUUCAAAACUCAGCAUCAUCUUCAACAAAAAAUUGUAGUUUGCCGUCUCAGCCGUAUCCAGUCACUAACACAACAAAUGACAAGAAUUCAUUAGCUCAUAAGGAUAGUGUCGAAAACAAACGAUUACCAGAUUUGAAAAGACAACAAUCAGUGAAAGAUAAUGAACAAAUCAUGACAAAUCUAAUCUGUCCAUUAACCGAACGAGUAUUUGACGAUCCUGUGACAGCAGGUGAUGGUCAAACAUACGAGCGAGCAGCUAUUAUCGAAUGGCUUAACCUUUAUCAUUGUUCACCUAGUACAGGAGAAGCGAUGGAUAGUAACCUAAUUAAUAAUGAUCAAAUAAAAAAUGUUAUUAAAUCCCUUUAA